AUGAAAGAGACACAGGCAAAGCUGACACCCCCAGGAACCAAGACAAUGCAGCAAGAAACACCAACACAGCUCCCAGACCAGAUGUCACCCAGUAGGCAGAGCUGCCCCCAGCCUGGGUCUGCCCUCAAUCCUCCAUGUGAGGCAGAGACACAACUCCCUGAGCCCCAGCAUGAAGCUGCCACAUCCCAGGAGGCCCUUGAGCAGCAGGCAACCAAGGAGAAGCCAGAGCGCCGCCAAGUCCCCCGCUUUCGGGCUGUGGUAGAGAGCCGUGCCUUCAAGAACAUCCUGGUGGAUGAGAUGGACAUGAUGAUGUCUCGUGCAGCCACCCUCAUCCAAGCCAACUGGAGAGGCUACCAACUCCGGCAGAAGCUAAUCUCCCAGAUGAUGGCGGCCAAGGCCAUCCAGGAGGCCUGGCGGCGCUUCAGCACCAAGCGCAUCCUCCACUUAGGCAAAGGGCCAAAGAAAGAAGUGGAAGAUGACAGGGACAUCCCUUACCAUCCUCCCCAGCAGGUGCGGUUCCAGCAGCAGCUUCCAGAAGGGCAGAAGCCCUUCUCACAGAGCCUGCCCCAGACCAUCAUGGUUAACAAGGAGACCCAGUUCCCUUCCUCAGACAGUCUGGUUCCCUGCACCUCCCAGCAGGCCAUGCAGAAGUCCCUGGCAGUCCCAGGUCCCCUGGAGCCCAGCAUGGCCUCUUCAUACAUGCUUGGAACCCCCAACAUUGCUUUCUUUCCACACCAGACUGUAGCCAUAAGGCUCCCAUGUCCAAUGCACAUAGACAACAAACGCCAGCACCCCUGCAUGUUGACAAAGACCAUUAGGAGCUCCUGCCUGGUUCACAUAGAGGGGGACAUGGUGAAGGACAGACAUCUGACCACCAGACCCCACAAGGCAGGGACCAUGGAGCCAGCACUGUCUGGAACGUGUGACCAAGUGGGGAGUGGAUCCCUCAAGACUCAGACCCAGGCCCAUGUAGAAGCAGAGGCCUCCAGACCCCCAGCGCAGGUGUGCCUGGUGCCCAUGAUGGCCCUGACCCCACCCCAGACACGCAAAGCAGUUGUGACAACAAAGAUCCCAUCUCAGACAUGCCCGGCCACUGUCAUAACCAAAAUCCCACCCCAGACAUGCACAGUCAGCAUGAAGACCAAGAUCCCACCCCAGGCAUGUAUGAUGCCCCCAACAACCAAGACCUCAUCUCAGGCACGCCCAGCAGCUGCCAUGGCCUACAUCCCACCCCAGACACAUCCAGCAGCUACAACCACCAAGACCCCACCCCAGACACGUCCAGCUUGCACGAUGACCAAGACCCCACCCCAGAUAUGCUCGGUUGCGGCCAUGGCCAGGAUCCCAUCUCAGACAUAUCCAAUGGCCAAGACUCCACCUCAGGCACGCCUGGCCACCAUGAUCACCAGGACCCCGGCUCAGAUUCGCUCAGUAGCCACCCUCCUCAAGACCUUCUGCCUGUCCCCAGCAACUACUGGAAAUCUGAAGGCGCCACCUGAAGCCAGUGUAGCAAGUGAGAUGCCUAAGUCUUUAUCCCAUGAGCAUCAGAAUGCAGCCAAUGUGAAGGCCACCUUCAUGGAGAAGCAGGUAGAUACAACACUCAAGGUCUCAUCCCAGUUGUACAUGACUGCAGAAAAGGCCAAGUGCCUAUCCCAGGAAGUAAGGGCACCCAAAGCCCUAGCUGGUCCUCACUGGGAAGCUGAGAAAAACAAGAUCUGCCCCCAGAGACAGAUGAAAAUGGAAGUAGCAUCCAAGACCAGUGUGGACAUGGGAAUGGCCAGGACUUUGUCCUGGGCCAAAGUUGUUAAGGACAAAAGCAAGACCCAAACACAAGCUCAAGAGAAGAAGGAGACAGUUAGAGUCCUGCCCCAGGCAUGUCCACCCACUGAAGUGGUUGUGACCCCAUGCCAGGCCCAGCCAACCACCAUGCUGACCAAGACCCAAUGCCAGGCACAUCUGCCCACCAGUCUGGCCAAGACUCUGUCUAAGACUCUGUCCAAGGCCCUGUCCCAGACUCAGCAGGUGGCUGAGCUGCCAAAGGCCCAGUUCCAGGUCCAGUCUCCUGCUGGGCUGACCAAGACGCAAUCCCAGAAGAUGGUCAAGCUAACCAGCACGCAGUGGCAGGGCCAGACACCCACUGGCUUGGCCAAGGGCCAGUCCCAGGUCCAGCAGGUGGCCAGGCUGACCAACAUGCAGGUUCAGCAACAGGGGCCCGCUGGACUGACCAAGGCCCAACCCCAGACCCAGGUGGUCACUAGACAGAGCAAAGUCCAGGUCCAGGCCCAAAUGCCUACUGUACUGACCAGGACCGAAUCCCAGGCCCAGCAGGUGGUUCAGAGGACCAGGACCCAGUGCCAGGCCCAGAUGACCACUGGGAUGAACAAGUCUCAGUCCCAGACUCAGGUGGUCACUGGACUGACCAAGACUCAGGUCCAGGCCCGGACACCCAAUGCACUGACUAAGGGUCAGUCCCAGGCCCAACGGGUAGCUGAGUUGACCAGGAUCCAAUGCCAGAGAGAGAUGCCUACUGGGCUGGCCAGAACUCUGUCCCAGGACCAGCUGGUCAGUGAGCUGACCAAGGUCCACUUUCAGGCUCAGAUGCCUGCUUCACCAACCAAGACUGAGUUGCAGGCCCAACAGAUCUCCAGGCUGACCAAGACCCUGUCCCAGGCCCGGCUGGCCACAGAAACAACCAAGCCUCUCUCCCCAGCCCACCACGCUGCUGACCUCAGCAAAACCCAGUCCCAGCCCCAGCUGGCUGGGUGCAAGGCCGCCACCCAGACCUGCCAUAGUGUCUGUGCCCUGGGCCCCCUGCCUCAGGCCAAACUGGAUGACAGACUGACCCAGAUCCCAGCCCCCAGCCUCCCACUGGGCAAGUCUGCUCAGGGCCUUCGCCCACCAGGCCCAGACACCCAGGACAUGCUGAUGCCACUGCUGGCCGGAUACCCCUCCUGCAACAUUGAGUCCUGGGGUGACGGUGGGGCAGCCCGGGCCCCACCACCCACACACAGCCAGCCUGCGCUCUGCCUGGAGGAGGCAGCGGCCUCCCAGCUGGCAUCCCUGUACACUGAGCUGACGACCAUGCUGGGCUCCCAGGAGGACCUCCGUUCACUACUGUGCAAGGCUCUGUCUCAGGGUGAAGUGCGGGCUGCCCUGACCCAGGUCCUCUCCAAGGAGGUGUUGGGAACCACUGUGGCCAAGGCCCUGCCUCAGGGCAUGCUGGGUGCGGUGCUAGCCAAGGCUCUGUCCUGGAGUGAGCUGGGUGUGGCUGUGUCACGGGCACUGUCACGGACUGAACUUCGGGCAGAGCUGGCCAGGGCCGUGCAGGGAAGGCUGGCUGACGUGCUCAGCAAGACACUAACAGAGGAUGAACGGGCAGCGCUGAGCCAGGCCCUAUGCCAGGGGGAGCUGGGUGCCGUACUGAGCACGUCUCUAUCACAGACAGUGGCGCUGAGGACCGCAGCCAUGUUUCCCAAGGCAGCUGUGAAAACAGCAGGCAGCAGCUUGAGGGCAGGGCCUGGCACUGUGGAGGUGGACUGCAGGGGGACCCCUUCAGGUGUUUGGAAGCCUACGUUGGCCAGCAAGCCAUCCCCCAGUCUAUGGCCACCGCUUAUUGCCAAUGGUAUUGGCCCUAGCACCAGCCGGCCAUCGGUGACUGGUGGUACAACUCCCAACUCCCACAAGCCACAUAUGGUCAAGUGUAUGAUCAAUGGCACAGCCAAGACCCUCUCUCCUGGUUAUGUGGCAAGUGGCAUGGCCCAGACCAUUCCACCAGGUUCUGUGGCCAGUGGCAUGGCCCAGACCAUUCCACCAGGUUCUGUGGCCAGUGGCAUGACCCAGACCCUUCCCCCAGCUUAUGUGGCAAGUGGUGUGCACCAGACCAUUUUACCAGGUUCUGUGGCCAGUGGCGUGACCCAGACCCUUCCCCCAGCUUAUGCGGCAAGUGGCAUGGCCCAGACCAUUCCACCAGGUUCUGUGGCCAGUGGCAUGGCCCAGACCCUUCCCCCAGCUUAUGUGGCAAGUGGUGUGCACCAGAUCAUUUCACCAGGUUCUGUGGCCAGUGGUGUGGCCCAGACCCUUUCCCCAGCUUAUGUGGCAAGUGGCAUGGCCCAGACCCUUCCCCCAGCUUAUGUGGCAAGUGGCGUGUCCCAGACCAUUCCACCAGGUUCUAUGGCCAGUGGCGUGGCCCAGACCCUUCCCCCAGCUUAUGUGGCAAGUGGCAUGGCCCAGACCAUUCCACCAGGUUCUGUGGCUAGUGGUGUGGCCCAGACCCUUUCCCCAGGUUAUGUGGCAAGUGGCAUGACCCCUGGCUUGAUUGCUGCAUCUGUCAAUGGUAGAAAGAGACAGAGUUUGCCUCUAGGACCUAUGAAUAGCAUGACUGCUCCAAACCUGCCCCGAGGCUCAGUAAUAAGUGGGAUGCCCCUGAAUGUACCUCGUAGUUCUAUGGCAACUGUGGGCACCUCUGGUGUGACUCCAGAAUCUAUAGAUGGGGGGCUGAAUCAGAGCCUGGUUCUAGGACCCACAGCUAGUGUGACCCCAGUCCAUGUUGGAUCUCUACUGAUUGGGAUCACACCCCAUCCUUACCAUGUUUCCCUGGCUGGGGAGGAGUCCUUGACCCCCUUCCAGGCAUCCCAUGCUGCUAACACAGCUCAAGUUCACCCCCAGACCUCAGAAGCAAGCAGCAUAGCCAGGAAGCCACGUCGAGUGCCCACGGUCCUGUCCAGAGCCUCCCAGAUGGACCAGGCUGUUAGGAUGAUGCCAUCUGAGGCCGCAGAGAGCCAGGCCACGUUGAAUUCAGGAGUGCUAGAUGAAGUCUCAUCCCAGAUGUCAGAAUCUAGUGAAGAGUCCAAUGACUUCAACAGCAAGUCUUUGGUCCUUGAGGCAACUCCAUGGAUGGACCAGGAGCCCAUGAGGCCUGACAUGGAUGAUUAUCACCAGCCUCUGUUAGAGGAAGGGAAUGCAAAUGAGCCCCAGAUGCCACUGUGGGGGGAGGUGGCAACCAGCUAUACCAAGUCUGUGGCCAGUGGUGUGGCCCAGACUCUUCCACCAGGUUCUAUAGACAGUACCUUGGCCAGGACUCUACCUCCAGAUUCAGUGGCCAAUGAUGUGGCCCCUAGCCCUCCUCCAGGGUCUGUGACUAGUACCAGGACUCUCCCUCUAGGUUCAAUGGCCAGUGGCAUGGCCCAGACCCUUCCACCAGGUUCUGUGGCCAGUGGUAUAGCCCCUACCCCUUCAGAGGCCCCCCAUUUAGCCAAGCACUUCAUGGCUGGCAGCACCACCCCAACUCUUCAGCCUAGGUCAGCAGCCAGCAGAGGGACCCCAAGCAAAGGGCUCAGUCUGUAUACAAGGUCUGUGGAUAGCAGGGUCAUGAACCAGUCCCUGGGGGUCUCUGGGGUCCCUUCAGACCUUCCUAUGGUUCCCCAAAGCCACUCCCAAGCAACACCUUUCACCACCACCCCCAGAUCACCCCAGAUGGCCCAUGGCAGUUCCUUGGCCCCCAGCAAGCCCCCGGGGUCCAUGGCCCAGAUAGGGUCCCCAAGUCUUUCUCGGGUGCCCAGGGCCUCCACUGUGGCUUCGCAUAUGCUACAACAACCAUCCUCAACAAGUGGGGCAGUGUCCAGUCAGUUCCAGAUGGGCACUGAAUCUGGCACAUCCCCAUCAGCUGUGGUUGGGGACGUGGCCCACAGCAGCUGCCGUGAGUCCCUUGGUCCCAGGAAAUCAUUUAGGUCCAUUCAUGGCAGCAUUGUUUCCGAGAUGCUAGAUGGUUCCCUAGCCAGGUUGGUGCCACCCCACCAGCUGCAGGAAAACCACCCCCUGUCCACACAGCCCGGUCCUAAGCACCCUGUGGACACCCUGCACUCGGGCAUCAUCUGUACCAGUGAUGGGGCCCAUGGCACAACCAUCCCACGGAUCCGCCCGGGCGUCCGCAGAGUGUCACUGGGUUACGAGUCUUCUCCCAGCGGCUCCCUGCGGCCCCUCUUUGACUCAGUGUCCCUGCUACAGUCCCAGGAUUCCCACUCCUCGGUGGCCCCCAAGAGUAGCGACCACCUCUCCCUGACCCCCACUGUACUCCAGGGUCUCCCGGAUACUGACGUGGCGGGUGGCCAGCCAUGGAACGCUCCUGUCCCCAAUGUCGUGGCUGGGCCUAGGGACAGCACUGCGGGCCCCAGGAGUAUGUGGCAGCCAGCCGGGGGCACAGGGCCAUGGGAUGCCACGGUGGCAGACUCCAGGAAGUCGGGGGAGCUGUUGGCAUCAGAGCAGACUGUGGAGGAGCUGAUCAUCCAUGCUGUGGUCAUCAUUCAGGCGCACGUCCGUGGCUACCUGGUGCGCCGUACAGUUAAACUGUGGCACCGUUGUGCCACCGUCAUCCAGGCAGUGUGGCGCGGUUAUGUGGUGAGGAAGCAACUCUCCCAAAUGCACAUGGCCACCCGGAUCAUCCAGGCUCACUGGCGUGGCUACCACACGCGCCAGACCCACUGCCAGCAGAUGCUGCAGCCAGCCACGUGGGCGAUGUUAGGAGACUCAAGCAGGACAUCGUUGGAGCACCGGUGCUUCCAGUCCUGCCAGCCGCGCUCCUGUGCCCUCUGUCAGACACUAAGCCCUGGGCUAGGGGACCCACCCAGUGUGGUCCUGCUCGUGGGCUCCAGCCCCCGCACCUGCCACAUGUGUGGCCAGACCAUGCUGACCCGUGUGGUACAGGGCACGGGCCAGGGCGCCCACCACCAGGAGAGUGCAGCAUCACGGAGGGCCCAUGGUGCCCAGCUGGCCCACUGCAGCCCCCAGCUUCCACACCACCACUACCAGAAAGCAGCCAUCACCAUCCAGUCUGCCUGGCGGGGCUUCCUGACUCGCCGCCAUCUGAGGCAGCAGCAGCUGGCAGCCAGAAGGGUGCAAGCAAGCUGGCGUGGUCACUUCACCAGGACCUGCCUCACAAAUGAUAUGCUCCUGGGGCCGGGGAUGGCAUGGGACAGCCCAGAGCACACACAGUGGCCUCCUGGUGGCAUCUAG